AUGACGUCCCACGCAAGCCUCGAAUAUCCUUUCGAUGCACCUGGCUCCACCUUUCAAGAGCAAAUGCGGAAUCUGCCAUACCCCGCAUAUCCCUUCGAAGGUCAUGCGCUCCUCUCUCGAAUCUUCACCCCGGCCUUCUACUCUUUCUCCCUCUCACCCAUUCCCGUGUUGCUCUUCAGCCUGGCCUACUACCUCACCUCUCACACCGCUAACCAUCUGCACUCGGCCCCGCCUACCGACUGGACAAAACCCAAUGCAGCUGCAAAGAACGGAGGAGGAGGAGGAGGAGGAGGAGGAGGACAUUUGAGAGCAAAACUACUUAGAUGGAUCAUCUUGGCUCAUAACGCUCUGCUCGCAAUCUACUCGGCUGCUACAUUUGUCCUCAUGGCGCCUCCCGUCUUGGACCUCUUCUUCCAGGGCUGGAGGGCAGCUGGAAGCGAAGGUGAGUUUCGCAUUGGACGGACGAGGGAAGAGAGACUCAGCGGGCCUUGGGUCCGUCGUGCGCGCAAGAGGCAGACAUGGCAACUAGGUGGGGACCAGCAGGUUGCUGGAGCAAAAGCCUCGAUGUGCUGCUGUGCGGAGGUGGUGCAGCAUACAUGCGUGGGAAAGCCCGAAGCUGACGCUGAGGACGUCAACCUGCCUCUCAGGCUUGACCCUGGCUCUCUGCUCCACGCCAACCAAUGAUCCCUACCUUGGCCGCUGGGCGUACAUCUUCUACCUAUCAAAGUACUACGAGGUGAUAGGUAAGUCUUGCUGAAGGAGGAUUUGCGAGCAAGGACGACAUUGAGGAGCACAAGCUGACCAUGCAGCCACGCAUACGCAGACUCGCUCAUCUUGUAUCUCAAGGGAAAACAGAUUGGACAUUUGCAGAGCUAUCAUCAUGCGGGAGCGCUCAUCUGCAUGUGGAUUGCUGUCCGCUACCAAAGCCAGCCGGUCUGGGGUGAGUGGAUGAAAAUCACAAGUUUGCUUCAGCUCCCAGACUGUCCUCAAGGUCGCACGCAUGGCUGACCACCAAGCUACCAUUUCAAUACUCUCUCGCAGUGUUCUGCGUCUUCAACUCCUUUGUGCACACCUUUAUGUACUCUUACUACUUUUGCAGCGCCAUGAGGUGGCCCUUUCCUCGCGCCCUCAAGAGGAAUCUCACCACCAUGCAGAUUCUGCAGAUUGCCAGCGGUGAGAUCAGACCAAGCAUAGACGUUCGAUGGAGCUGCCAAGCUGACCCUUGAUUGUACUGCAUCUGCCCAGGAACGCUCUUGACAAACGUCUACCUGCUCGUCCGCGUCCAGCCCGCCCGAGUGCUCACAGCCUUGACGAGAUCUCAAGUCUCUACUCUGCUGCCAGCAAGCAUCUUCGCAGCAAGGCAUCCAGCUCCUUCGCAAAUUUUCUCCGGCCUGGUCAGGAGCGAUCCGGGCAGCUUGUCCACCUCUGCUGAGAAGGCGAUGCUGCUCGGUCAUUACGCCGCUCAGAGGGCCCUCACAAAGAGUUCCGAGAGCUGUCUGCAAAGCAAGGGUGCCGAGAUGGCACUGCACGUCAACACGAUGUACAUGACCGUGAGUGCUCGCGCAAGCAAGCUACGCAACCCCGGGCCAGCAUAAUUUCCUCCCUUGCCUCGCCCUCUGAGGUUCUAAUCUUGGCUGACGGUCCUUCUCGCUGUCCCACAUCUUGCCCCGCACAGCCCCUGCUCAUGCUCUUCGCCCACUUCUUCAUGCGCAGCUACCUCAAGCCCAAACCCAGAGUGAACGGUAUCGUCAGCGGCAAAGCAGUGACAAGAGCUGGCGAAGCAGGUCAAAAAGCGGCGAGGCAGAUCGAGCGGAGCGAUGUGCCGUCUAAGUAG